CUUAAGAUAUUACAGCUUUGGACCUCCGACAGGCAUUGCACUUGAAAGCUUGCUCUCAACAAAGAAACAUCGCGAAGAAGACAGUUUUWAAACUCAAACAGUUUUAACAUGAAGUUAGCUUUGUUGUGUCUUGCUGUUUUUGCAGUUGUUAUCCCAAGUGUUUUCUCGAUCAAAUGCUACAACUGCGUCCUCAGUGUCUGCAAGGAAACAUCAUGUCUGGGUGUUGGUGAUAGAUGCAUCCACACAUCGUACAAAAACUCCAGCAAGGUGGUCAAGAGCUGUGCAACGGAGUCACUGUGCAACACGACCAAGUCAGCGUGUGAUAAGGUGAAAAACUACUGUACUACAAGUUGCUGCAUGACGGACGGCUGUAACAAGGGCGAUUCUGGAGUAGCUGCGUUGCAAUUCAACUACACCAUGCUUGCUUUCAUGGCUUUGCUUUCUGCACUUUUGAGCUUUGUCAAAUUUUAAUUCAAUAUCUGUUUAUAAACGUUUUUCAAUCAAAAAGACUCAGUAUGGAAUUUGUUUUCUUUCACGAGUAAAUAAUUUUUUUUUGUAAUUUUUCUUUAUAAUCUUGCGUGUUAUAAGCAAAUGCCUGUCACUACAUAAUUUUCUAGGUAGCAACUCUAGUUUUGUACUUUCUGUAUAAUAUAAUAAUUUAAUCUCUAAAACGUUAUUGCUUGUAUACAACAAAAUAAACUGCAAGUAACAAAAGAGAAA